AUGCCGUCGUUGCUGCGCGAGUUUCAGGGGCAAUCAACUUGCUACGGCAAAGUGUCCGUUGCAAUCUAUGGGUUUAUUAUCAUCUUUGGAAGCCUUACCACUGUCUUGGGCAUGGUGGCACCAAUCGCAUCAGCAGACUGCAUGGCGGAUCCGUUUGCAGCCCAUGCAAAAACAGACGCCGAUCAACUUGUGUGGUUCAAGGCCAUGGGCCGCACGUCAGGUGCCUUGGGAACCACCUUUCUCCUGGCCGUCUAUAUGAUGGGACAUUCUGUCAAGUCAUGCCUCCUCUUGCUCAUGUGGGGAUGGCUUAGUUUCCUGAACUUUGCAGUUGUGAUCCCGGAUGAUUUCGCUCAGCUCAAAGGCUCUGAAGCAGGUGAGGCUUGCAUGCGAAACGUGCGGGUUCAGGUUGGGGCCUUUGCGGCCUUGGAGGCUGUGUGCGUACCUCGGUUUAGGGUUUAG